AUGGAUCAUAGAAGGGAAGUAACAUUGAAGUUCGGUUCACAAAACACGGGAACAAACACAGGAACACGGGAACUAACACAGGAACACGAAAACUAUUACAGGAACACAGGUUACAGAACACGGGUCACAGAACACGGACUGAAUCGGCUGAUUACCAAAGAAGCAAUAUGGGAAUAUGAGCAACUGACCAGCGAUCAAAAGAAAUUGCUGAGUCAAGUGCUGACAUGCCUAGACCAGCGGACGCAGCAGCUGCGCGCGUCCGUGAAGGGGCCGCGCGGGUCGACCACGCUUACGGCGCCGACCUCCAACAACCUGGCGUCGGUGUCGAGCGAGGCGGCGACGGUGCGGGAGCUAAGCAAGUGCCUCGACCUCCUGGAGACAAUCCGCAAGAUGGGCUCCAAGACGAGAGUGCCUGUCGUGCUGGUGUACCGCGAGCGGCGCCACCGCACGCAGCACCGCCACCAGGAGAAGGGCCAGAGCAACAAAGUCGUCUUCGCCAAGGAGAAGCGGGACUUUCUCAGCCUGCUGGGCCUACCCGGCUCUAUGAUAUCGGAAAAGGGCAUCGACUUCAGCGUGAGGCCCAACACGGCGUCGGCGCUGCGCCGCCAGAGCGAGGAGAAGAAGACCAACAGCAGCGCCUCCACCGCCUCUGCCUCCGCCGCCGCCGCCAACACCACGGAUACUAUCGAGGUCCGGGAACUCGAGCCUGACGAGAAGAACGGCGGAGGAACCAUCCAGACCGACGGCGGGAUGGAGAGGGAGGUGGAACAUGAACUGGAGGACGACGACGAAGAGGACGAGGAGGUGAACGUGGAUGAGGACGACGACGACGACGACGACGAAGAAACGUCCCCCAAGACGGCUAAGAAGGUCCUCUUGCAGUUGUUGCCGUUCAACAAGCGGAAGGGCUCUGUCAGCCCGCACCCGAAAAACGACAUGUCAGAGGAAGAGGACGACAUCCCCGCCGACGCGCGCUCUACGCUCUCCUGCGACACUUGCAGCUCCGCCGACAGCAGUGAGACGGAGGAGGAGGUGGACGUAGCCACCGACCUAGCCGUUUUGGGCGCCACGUAUGCACACAAGGAGUCCGUUAAGCCGCCGCCCUUCCGCGACUCAGACAGCACCUACGUCUCGCUCGACCUGGAGAAAAUCGGCAUCAAGAACACCCGGGGUGUUGUCUGCCCCUUCGCCAGGGUGUCAAUCAGAGAUGCCCAGGGAGGCAUGGUCGGAUCAGGGUCGACCCAGGAGACGUCAGAGUGGGAAGUAAUCAACAAGAACUACCUGAGGGCACCGACGCAGGUACACCUACAGCGCCCCCUGGAAGAGAUGUCUGAAGACGUCGCCAUCUUCAUCGAGCUGCGUCACUACAAGCCACAGAAAGGAGUGAUCUCGACGCUGUGCUACACUUUUCUCGAGAAAGGCGACCUUAAAACGGGAGAUUUUAUUUGUGAAUUGUACAGCCCGCCUGUUGACUUCAGCCGCCGCUCCCUCAAGACCUACACGGAGAAAGCCUUCUUCUUGCACCUACGAGUUCGACUGCUCAAGGCCGAGCAGGACGACCAUGGUCUCGAUUCCCCUCUGAGUAACCUCAGCUGAGAUUCUGCCUUCUCGAGCCCCCUCAGACUCGACCUCUGACCCUUGAACUCUGAACUUUCUCCUCUGUGAUUCUCUGAAAUUGGACCUCUGUGAACUUUGGUCCUUUUGGAAUUUGGUCUCUGGAGUUUGACUUAUGUGAGCCUGGUCUGUUUAAACAUUGACCUUUGUGAGUAUGGGUCUCUUUGAACUCUGGCUUCUGUGGGCAUGAGUCACAUUGAACUUUGGAAUCUUUAUACUUUAAAAUAUGAAUAAAAGGCCUCAACAAGAGCAAUUAAUUUUGUGUGUGCGUGAUUUUAGUAUGUUGUCAUUGUUAUUGUUUCUUUACGACUGAAUCUCAGGAAAAAAAUCAUAUGUAUUAGAAACAAAAAAUGCGACUAAUAAGAUGAAG